CUACCUGCUCACUCUGAUCACAGAACAUCCAUGCAUUCGCCCAACCUGCCUGACAGGGCAGGGAAGAAACAGGGGGACCUCCGAAUCUCUCCCAAGGGCUACCAGUCCCUCCUGGCCGUCCCGGAGCACUCUCUGGCUUGCUUCCCCAGGUCGCGGGAGGUCUCACCGACGAGGUCACCCACAGAGAACGGGGGAGCGCAGGCGUCCGAGUGCUGGCCUCAGGUCUGCCACCACCCGCGCUGCCAGGACCUGAACAACAGGAGCCCGCUCAACCUGUGCGAGUCAUGUGACUCCCGCUGCCACUCGGACGAUACGGACAACAUGCACGUCGACCGGCACCCUCGCUUCGACCUGCAGCCGCAGGGUUCCAUCCUGUCCCGGAACGUGUCCACGCGCUCCUGUCCCCCCCGCACCAGCCCCCCCUCCGAUAUGGAGGAGGAUGACGACGGGGGCGGCGACCGGGGGGAUCGUAAGGCAGGGGGAAUGAAACUACCGAAAAAGAAGUCACGGAGACGCCACACCGAUGACCCCAGCAAAGAGUGCUUCAGCCUGAAGUUCGACCUGAACGUGGACAUUGACACGGAGAUUGUUCCCGCUGCAAAGAAGAAGACCUUGCUGGAAGUUCUGGGACCUGUAUUUGAGCGUAAGGGGAUCGAGCUGUCCAAAGUGGACCUGUUCCUGGAUCAGUCUAACACGCCGCUCUCCCUCAGCUUUGAGGCCUACCGCUUUGGGGGUCACUACCUCAAGGUGAAAGCACGGCCGGGGGACGAGCUGAAGGUGGAGCAGGAGGUGAAGGACCUGCGCUCCCUCAGCCUGCCCAACAUGAAGCCCAGCGGGGGUCAGAGUCCCUACAUCCUGACCCCCGGGAGUGAGAAGGUGGAGCACGGCUCCCUGGGCCGCAGGGAGAGCAUGGACCCGCUGGGUGUUACACGUCGGAGGAAGAACAUGAAUGAGUUUCUCGGGGAUGCCAGCAUUCCGUCCCCGGAUUCGCUGGCGCAACUGGGCAGCUCCUUGCCCAGCGUAGGCGUGACGGGCCCGGACACCUGGAAGAACCGGGCCGCCAGCCGCUUCAGCGUGCUGUUCAGCUCCGGCGCUGGUUCCGGGCCUUUUGUCAAGGAGGUAGACCGCAUGGAGCAGCUGCAGAAUAAGCUGCACUCCUACACCCUGCUGGGCCUGCCCAAGGUGCCCCCCGAGCUCUCUUUCCACCACGACUCCUGGGAGGAGGAGGAGGAGGAGACCAGCCUGGAGCUGGAGGAGAGCUGGCAGCAGCUGCUGGAGAACCCCGAGUCAUUGACCAGGAGACAGUUCCACCAGCAGGAGGCGAUCUGGGAGCUGCUGCAGACAGAGGCCACCUACAUCAAGAAGCUGAGGGUCAUCACUGAUCUCUUCCUUUGCGGGCUGCUGAACUUGCAGGACAGCGGGCUGCUGACUGAGGUGGAGCCGCCGCGCCUCUUCAGCAACAUCCAGGACAUUGUGCGCCUGCACACGGCGCUGUGGGCCCAGGUCAUGCUGCCGGCGCUGGAGAAGGCCCGGGAGAGCCGCACCCUCCUCAACCCCAUUCACCUGCACCAGGGCUUCAAGACAAUCGGCAGCAGGUUCAAGCCCUACAUCCGUUACUGCAUGGAGGAGGAGGCCUGUAUGGAGCACAUUCGCAGCCUGCUGAGGGAAAACGAGCUCUUCAAGAUCUACGUAACGUGGGCGGAGACACACAAGCAGUGUAACCGGCUGAAGCUGACGGACAUGCUGGUGAAGCCCCACCAGCGGCUCACCAAGUACCCACUGCUGCUGAAGAGUGUUCUGAAGAAGACAGACGACCCGGCAGCCCGCGAGGCCCUCAGCAGCAUGGUGGCCUCAGUGGAGGACUUCAUCAACAGUGUGGACUCCCAGAUGCGCCAGCGGCAGGACCAGCAGAAGCUGGCCGCAAUCUCCGGCCGCAUCGAGUCCUACGAGGCUGUGGAGGGGAGCAGCGAGGAAGUGGAGAAGAUCCUGCGUGAGUACAGCCGCUUCGACCUGAUGGCUCCCAUGAAAGACAUCUCCCCAGACGAGACGCGACAGCUCCACCUGGAGGGGGCGCUGCGCAUGAAGGAGGGCAAGGAGAGCCGGAUGGACGUGUACUGCUUUCUGUUUACUGACCUGCUAUUGAUCACCAAACCAGUGAAGCGUGUGGAAAAGGUCAAGGUGAUCCGCCAGCCACUUUUUGUGCACAAAGUGGUCUGCAAAGAACUCAAGGACCCCGGCUCCUUCCUCCUCGUCUACCUCAAUGAGUUCCAAAGCGCAGUCGCUGCCUACUCCUUCCAGGCCAACAGCGCCGCCCAGGGGCGCAGCUGGGUAGAGGCCAUCUGCAAUGUCCAGAACCAGCUCAAGAAACUUCGCUCAGAGGAGAGCCACCGGAAGCAGGCGACGCUUCGGCAGCAGACGGAAGAGGAGGAAGAAAGCAGCAACUCUGCCACCAGCUCCCCCUGUCUGCGGCACAAGGAACAGCAGAGUGAAAGCCAGUCAGAUGGCUCUACCGAGACACUCUCAGUGGUAGUGAUGGAGGAAACGGGCGGAGCCAAUUAUUCGUCAUCCCUGGAGAUGGACCCUGGUGGGUCUUUAGGGGAGAGCUCUGGCUCUGGGAUGGAGAUCCCCUCCCCCAAAACAGCCCUCCUUUCCCAUCCUGCUGGCCACCAGGAGGAGGCGCACUCUGUGGGUAUGGAGGUCCCGGGGGAUCUGGAGCUGGACCCCCAGUACCGCUCCAUGUCCAUGGACAGCGCAUACGGAACCCUGUCUCCCGAGUCUCUCCUGAGAGAGCUGGAACUGAGGGGGAGGCGGGGCCAAAGCGAGGGGGAAGAGUCCGAAGGGGAAGAGGCUGAGACAGAGGGGGAGGAGGAGGAGCCGGAAGAAGAGGAGGAGCAGGAAGCGGAGGAGGACGCUGGCUCCAUUGGCCCCCGGCACACGGUGGCUUACUCCUCCAAGCUGCGCCGCUGCCGCCCGGUGCAGCCCCGCGUCCGUCACCUGCAGGGCUCCUCCUCCAUAUCGCGCUCGGAGGAUAACCUGCUGCAGCGGUUCCAGGGGAAUUCUGGGGCAAACGCUCCCAGCGCUGCCACCGACCGGCAGAACCAGGGAGAAGGAGAGAGGGCCGAUGGGCUGGGCCGCAGCAAACGCCUCUCCCGGCUCUGCAGGCAAAGCUCCCAAAGCUCAGAGUCCAUAUUUCAGGCAGACAUGGGACAGCCUGAUGGCGACAUGGACCGUUUAUCACAAAGCGCCCCAGCGUCUAGGUUAAGGGGCUCUUUGAGGAGAGCCCAGGUCCAGCAAGUCCAAAGAGCUCUCUCCAGUACCGGCUGCAGGAGGAGCUGCGGGGGGAGCCAGGCCAACAGCAGUGGCUCGGAUGGCGAGGCUGCUCCCCCUGCUGCACGGGAGGGGCAUUGCACGUCGAUGACUGACAGCCUGGAGGGGGAGGAGCAAGGUGGGGUCAGGAAAUCCCCCAGCCAGCAGCACAAAAAGCUGACCCUGGCUCAGCUGUACCGGAUACGCACCACCCUGGUGCUCAACUCCACGCUCACUGCAUCGGAAGUGUAGUCACACUGGCAAACAGCCAAACGCCAGUGUCUGGCACUCAGGUGGAACUGCACUUCCAGAGUCCUUGGACGUGAUGGAACUGAAUUACCCGCAACUCAAAUGCACUCUCCAGGGAGAUCAUGCACCACCCCCUGCCUUCCUAUUGGCUAGGACAAUGACUGCAGAUGGCCUGUGCCCUUGUAAAGCCUCAAGAUUAUGUCCGUCAUAAUAGUACUUACUAUUAUUAUUCUGCUGCAUGGAUAUUUUUGCAGGGGAAAGGUGGGGGGUGGAGAAAAACUGUUUGCACUUUGUAGUAUUAAAAGCAUUGAAGAGACGUGAAGCUGGGGUCUGAAGGAGACUGAAAAAAAAACGACCUAGAUGAGGUGUUGAACCCCAAACAGUGACUGAGCAAGCAUAGCCUCCAAGUCAAAGCCCUCUGGCCUCAGCAGUGGCCCGGACUUGACCUUUGACCCAGAGGCCACCAGCUGCCCAUGGGAAAGAGGACAGGAGAGGGGAGGGGUGGUGAGGAGAAGAAAGGAGAGAGCAGGGUUGGUCACACUGACUUUGCUGAUGUGGACGAGAAGAACCAGACCGGGGGAAAAAAAGGACUCACUAAGGUGAUGGAAAGAGCAAGUCAUUUCAUUCUUUUCCUAGUUCUGUCGCAGAAAAAAAAAGCACAGCACUGUCUUUGUAAAGUAGAAAAAAGGAAUUAUAAAUACCUGGUGUACAAAUUGACAUUGAGAAUGUAUGGGAGUGUGUGCAUGUGUGUUUGCAUGUGCUUGUGUGCUUGUGCGUGUGAGAGAGAGACAGAGAGAGAGAGUCAAACGUCCCUGACUGAACCAAAAAAAUCCAUGAUGGUGUUGCCACUUCCAUCUUUGUAUAUACCGAUGUGUCCAAAGAUAUACAAGAAAUGUAUGGUAGCCACUGAUGACAAAAUAAAAAGUAUUCAGGAACCUUACAUGAGUGAAAGUUAAGGAAGAACAAGCAUUGUAGUUCAUCUUCUUGCUCAGUUUGUGGCUUACAUACUUCCCUCCCUUGUAUAACAUCAGAAAGGCUCUGAACAGGGCUCCUUUUACAGUAAAGAUGUAGGUGACUGCAGUGCUUAUAUUUGAACUGUGGUGUAGAUAGACCCUCAGGGCACGCGGUCGACCUGCCUGGUUCUUAAAGCCCACAGUUUAGAGGGAGAGCAGAGGGAUGCUGUGAUGUAAAUGUUCACUCAUAUGUCAAUAAAGAAAGGAGGUCACACAGACAUUGCUUCAGCAUUGUCAUUCAGCAAACAGCACUAGAAUGAGGUAAGAUCCUCUCCCACUCCUCCACUGGUGAGUGAUCAUGAACAGGAGAGGACUAGAGCUUGUGGAUGCACAGUAUGGUUUGGGUUCGCAAUCCACAAGUGGAGCUGCAGAACAAAAAGUACAAAGGGGGGUUCAUGUGGGGGGGUUCUUGCUGCCCUCUCUGGUGCUUCUGCAACUGUUUCCAGAUUGUGUUCCACAUCCUGAUGUGCUAAUAACAGUAUUACCGGGACUGCUCAGCUUCAACACCUUGGAAGCCUAAAACCUCUGUCCGUUUAAAUCAGUAAGAUUGUGAUUAACACAAUCAAAGGCUAGUUUUUCCUAGUAAAGUGAACAUUACAUCUUGAAGCAUGUUUUAGCUUAUUUACAGAAAUGGGUUCAAAAUCAAAGAUUGGAUAUUAGGCACAGGGCCGUAGCCACUAAAGCCUGACAUGGUCAGAUUGAAAUAUGUUUUGGUAAUGUGCAGAAAGGAUGGUUCAGCCCCUCCCUGUGUUACUCUGCCCAAAGCUAAUAGUUAACAUUUUCUCUUUGUUUUGUGUGUCAUAUUU